AUGAUCACACUCUUUGUGGCUCUUUACUCUCUGCUUUGUCUCUGCACAACUGGAAACACUUCUGACAUCAAGGAGCUUCAAGUGAAAACAGUAAAGCCUGGAGAAGCUGUAACUAUGGAGUUUAAGAUUAACAACAAAAGUAGUUUUUCUUGCUACAGAGAAAGUUUUGGAAAAGUGCCUCAGUUUUUGGCGAGAUCGUACAAUAACCCUCAGGGCUACAUAUUUGCUGAUGAAUUUAAGGAUGACCGCUUCAGUGUUACUGUAAAAGACCAAAAGUUUGAUUUCAACAUUAAUAAAAUAAGAGAAGAUGAUGGAGGGGAAUAUUUCUGUGGAUAUGUGGAGGGAAGUACAGGAAAGUUCACAUCUGGAACACGUCUGCAGUUUGAAGGUACACACCAGGGUUCAAACAGCAGAGAUGGAGAAGGAGAUACAAAUCUGAUUAUUGCCUUAAUAGCCACCAAUAUAAUAUCUGUUAUUGUAAUCGUGGCUCUGGUUGGAGUUUUACUUAAACAACAAGGAAAAGGUUCUUUAUCAAACAACCAUCAAACUCCCACCAAUCAGGCUGAUGAUGAAGAUGUCUUGAACUAUGCAGCUGUGAGUUUUGCUAAGAAACCUUCAUCCUCCAGAACAUCCAGAGACACGAGCCAUCAAGAUGUUUAUGCACAAGUUAAAAUAAAAUAGAUAAAGAGGAUAAAGUUAGAAUUGAAAAACAGUAUAAAGGUAAUUAUUCACCCAGUUUGGAGACAGAAGUGUCCCAUGUUAUUUAGACAAAAAAUAUAUUGCUGAAAGUUUUAUUAAUAUUUUUAAACUAUUUAUUGUAUUAAUUUGCCUUACCUGAUAGAUAUUAUUUUUGUUUGUCAACUUUUGAUUCUGCUCAAAAUCCUAAAAUCAGAUGGUUUUUUUUUGUUGUUGUUAUUUCUAAUAGUUUUACAUUAGGUUGUUUUCUUAGUAUUUGUCCUCAAAAAUAGUGAAGAUGAUUUAUAUAUCCACUGAUCAGCCAUAACAUUAAGACCAUCUGCUUAGUAUUGAGUCAAAACAGUAAUGUCCUGUGUGUUCUAACACUUUUUGAUGGAGAUCAGUGUUAACCUCUUCAACAAUAAGACCUACAGUAGCCUUGAUAUUGUAUCAGAGUACAUGGACCAGCCUUCACUCCCCACGUGUGUCAGUGAGCCCUGGCUGCCCAUGAGCUUUUUGCAGCUUCAGCUUUUUUCAUUUAUUGCAUAAUAAUUUAUUUUAUACGAUAAUCUUGAAAAGUGCAUUUGUGUUAACAGGAACCUAUGAGUUUAUGAGGAACUUAUGAAUAUCAGCAUUUAGUCAGUCAUUUCUGAACCCAUUAGAGAUAUAACUUAAAGUCUGUUGUGUUGCAGUUAUCAUCUGAUUUAUAAUUUGA